AUGUCCUCCAAGCUACCACUGCUACAUCUCGUUUCCCGCCUCAACAUCCCCAUCUCACUCGCCGUGACUCAUUUGUCCACUACCAACUCCAACAUCUGCUCCCUAAGCGCCUCGCGCGAUACGUCUGCAUUGCUCAUCCACGCACUCGAUUCGCGCGAACGACUCAAAUCUCUCCUUGCUCCACUCGCUCCACUCGCUCUUCCCGAAGCGGAGUUUGGCUAUCUAGGAUGCUUCGCUUCUAUCAUUGGCCUCUUACUGCGUUUUGGCAAGUCCCUUUUCGGCCUCGAUCUUCGCACGUUCGGCAAGUUCUUUGGCGCGGUCCGCAAGCACACGUUGUACCUCCAGCUCAACCCUUCAGUCCGAUCCUUCUUUGAACUCUACUAG